AUGGAUCUUUCAAAACUAACCGUUGCUGAUCUAAGAAAAAAAUUAGCAAAGAAAGGAAUUAGUUAUAUGGGCCUAAAAAGAGAAGAACUAAUUGAAAGUCUUCAAAAAGAAACAAAAGAAAUUAAUGAAGAAAACAAUAAAGAAAAUCAACCAAAGAAAAAGAAUAAAAAUGAAGACAAUUCACCAAUUUAUAAUAAAGAAAUGGGUAUAGAUGAAAAAAAAUUUUGGUUAGUUUUUAGAAAUAUAGUUAUAAAAAAAACAAUAUUUAGUUUUUUACGUUCAACAAGAUUUAAAUAUGAAGAACUUUAUUUGGCAUCCUAUAUGAUUCAUCACAAACUAUUUAGAAUUCUUGAAGAAAAGGUAUUAAAUGGUGAUUAUGUAGUUUUUAACUCCUCUAUAAUACUAGAUCAAAUCUAUUGUAUUAAAGAUAAAAUUCAAAAUCAAAACUUCUUUUCAAUAUUUUACCACAAGUAUAAAAGAUACUUUAUUUACGAGUCUCUAAAUAAGAAGAUUUGUGAAUACAUUCAAAAUAUUCCUCAAAUAUUAGAAUUGGUUAAAAACGACCCAGAAGUAAUAAAAACUGUACUUGACCAAACCCAACUAAAACUUGCCAAAUAUUCAACAAGAACUCGGUACGAAACUGGAAUUAAUGAGAUUCAUUAUAACAAAGAUAAUGAUUUAAAAAAAUUAGAUCAAUUUACCAAAUUAAACCUAAAUAUAGUAUCAAAGAUUGGAAAAUGUGGUUGCAUCGAAACUAUUAGAUACAUUCUAAAUAAAUUCUAUCCAUCGGAAGAAAAUCAACUUAUGUCAGGUGAUCUUGUUGUUCAUUUAUUAAAAAAAAUUGCAUAUAUUGGCUCGCUACCCAUAUUCAAAAUGAUUCUCAAUGAAUUUCCUCAUGUUUUUACUACAUUUAGUAAAACCAAAAAAACAGAAAAUAAAAUGACCAAUGCAAUGCUUGUGCAGGUAUUAAGAACUGCUAUUUAUGGGAAUUUUUUUGAACUAUCAGAUUUCCUUAUAGAAAACACAAGUGUAGAUCCAACUCCUAUUCAACUUGGAACUUCUGCAGAUAACCGGAUAACUUCAAUUAUAUAUGUUGCUCAUUAUUUAAAUGGAAAGAUAGAUCUCUUUCAAACAGAAAGUUUAUUAAAAAGUGGUUAUAAAAGUUUAGUUCCUCCCAAAAACAGAGCUUCUUUAAAACAAAUAAGAGAGAAAGAAAUUAACAGAAUAAAAGGUAGAAAUUAUGGUCGAUAUUGA